AUGAGUCAAUUUUAUGAUGUAAGUAGAGAAAUAUCACAAACAGAAUCAAUAAAGCAUCAUUUAAAACAAUUAUACGGACUUGUAAAUUCCGAAUUUGGUUAUUUUUGUAGAAAUAAUGGUGAUGAAUAUUCUUUUAAUAGAAUAAAUGACUUUUCUAAAAGUUCGUUGAUGCCUUUUUUUUCUUCUUGGAAAAUGGAUGAUUUAGCUAAUUUUGAUUUAAAUAGUAUCUUUUCUAUAUUAAGGAGAAAUCAAUUUUUUAUGAUAUGCAUAUCUUUUCUUGGUCUUUUUUCAUGUAUUUAUAUUACAAGUCUUAUUCUAUAUUCUAAAUGUGCAAGGAGAAUAAUAAAAUUAUUUACUAGUUGUUGUAUUAGAACUAAAAAAAAAAGAGAGGAUGGAGAUGAAGAUGAACUUGAAGAUGAAAAUAGAGCAUCUAGAGAUACAUUAAAAAUAUUCAAAAAUAUCUUAACAUAUUUUUUUUUGUGUAUUUUUUUAUGUGGUCUUAUUAUUACGGGUUCCUUUUUUCUACAUUAUUUUUUUAAAACUAAAAAGGGUAUCCACAUGAAUAUAUGUAAUGUUUCUAAGACAUUUGAAAAUCUAAUAAAAGAUAAAUGCCCAAGUCAAAUACAUGAUAAUAUACCUUGUUUUUCUGUUGAAAAAGUAAUAAAUGAAGCUAUAUCAAUUUUACAGAAAUAUAAAAAUCUAAAAAAACAAGUUGAAGAUAAUUCUCUUGUUGAUAUAAACAAACCAAUUCCUUUCCUUGCAAAGUAUACAAAAUCUUUUAAUAACUUAAGUAAACUGAAAAACAUUUUAGCUCGUAAUAAUAAUGUGCUUGAAAGAAGAUAUUUGCAUAUGUAUCCGGCUUUGAUAGGGUUAGAAAGAGCUCUUGAUUCUAUUAUAUAUGAUGGAGGUAAUCAUUUUAAAAAAACGGAAGAUACAAUAAUUCAGAUAAAAAUAGCAAUAAAAAAAACUUUUGAUAAUAUAGAUUAUUCUAUAUCACAAAGUUUUAGGGGAAAUUACGAUAAUAUAGUUGAAAAAAUUCAAUUAGCUAGUUAUUUUAUAAGUGAAUUUAACGGAAAAUAUAAAUUUAAAGAAAACAUAAAUAAAUAUACCAAUUCAAUUCCCUUUAUAUUUGUUGUUCUAUUAUUACCACCUUUAAUUAUUCUUAUAGGGUUAAUUUUUUAUAUAAUAUGUAUAAUAAAAGGAGAUGCUUUAGGAAAUAACAAUUUUUUUUUUAAACUAUUUAGUUUAUUUAGUGCCUAUUUCGGUUUUCUAACUAUUAUUUCUUUAAUUGUUACCACUGUUUUAAUGGGUUUUUCAAUUUUAGGUGGAACCACUUGUGCUAUAACAGAAGAUGUAUUGCAAAAAAAAAUAGAUAUUAAUUUUCUGAAUAAUACAAUAAUUGAGAAAUGCUUUGUAAAUGAAAAUGCUGCUUUAAUUGAUGAAAAAGAUAUUAAUUUAUUUACAAAAAAAAUUAAUAUAUUUAAUCCAAGAAUUAUUGAAGACAAAUUAAAUGAAUAUGAAAUAUUUUUUAAUAAUAUAAAACAUAGGUUUUAUCAAAAUUCUGAUAAAUUUUUUGAAUAUAUGUGGGUAGUAUUAAUGAAAACAGAUAAUAAUAGAUAUUACAAUAAAAUAAAAACAAAUGAUAUUAAAGAUUCAUUACCAGCAAUAGGAAUUACAAAAGAAUCUUUUCAUUUUAUUAAUAAGGAUCUUAUCGGUAUAGAUGAAUAUUUAAGAAUUUUAAAUCAACGUAUUUUUCAUAAUAACAAUAAUAAAUUAUGUUUUGAAGAUGAUAUAUGCCAAAAUGAUCCAGAUAAAUAUAAUAUUACUGAAAAAUCUAGUAUUGAUGAUCAAAAAUAUAUUCAAUUACGUGAUCAAAUAAAUGUACUUAUUAGGGAAGAUGUGGACGAACUUGUUCAGUUAUUUAUACUUAAAGCUAAAAUUAGACAUGACAAAAUUUUCGAUGUAAGUGAUUUAGAUAAUACUAUAACAGAAAAGUUGGAGUGGAAAAAAUAUACUCCAAAGACUGAUGCACAAACUAGAAAAAAUUCGAUCAUAUAUAAUUAUAUAACGAAUACAAUUGACAGUAUAAAUUUUAUUGAGAUUAAAAAUUUUUGCAAUCAAAUAAAAAUUCAAUUUAGUUUAGUAAAAGAAUUAAUUAUCAAAACAAUUAGAUCAAUAUCAAAAAAUACUAGGUGUAAUAGAAUUAUGAAGGAAAUACAGAAUGCGAAAUAUUUUUUUUGUAAUAAAAUUGUCUUAAAUUUAACUAUCUUGUCUAUUUUUUUAUUCUCAUUUUCAGUUACUUCUUUUAUCUUAUGGUUUUUUUUUCUAUUUUUGUGGUUACGUCACAAAUUAAGUAUAAUGUAA